AUGGCCCGCACGCGACCGAGUGCCCAGCGCCGACGCAAGAUGCGAAAGAACACAGAAAGCUUCGACAAGCGAUCGCGAAGCAAGAACACAAAGAGACUGAAGCUACCGCCGAAGCUGCCGCCAGUUCAGCUCAGGCUUCGACCAUCGAAAAUAUCACUGAGGCUGCCACCGAAGCGGCCACCAAUGCUUCAGCUUCUGAUGCUAAAGACACGACUGGUGAAACGGAGACUCCUCGUUGCAAGCAUCGUCAUCUUCCUGAUCGUCACUACUAUUAUCGCGAUGAAAAGUUUGACCGCCGCUUUCUUGCCCUUGAUCGGCGGACGUGCUGCCAUGGACACAGAUUAUCGUUCCCACAAUAAUGUCCUGCGCCGUACCAGAGAACGUCUAGCAAGACACGAACAGGAAAUUCAGCGCACACUUCGGCUGGGAUUGAGAUCCAUGGAACUAGAAGUCAAACACCUCAAAUGGAGAGUGGACGAGAUACAACAGGAAAACCAGACUCUCCGGGAUGAAAUUGAGCAUGAACGUCGCCGCAGUCGCCGCAUGAUGCUUGAGCUAUACGAGUCUUCGGAUUCCCAAGAGACUGAUCAUUCAGACUGA